ACACUCGGUGAUCUCUGGAUUCUGUGAUCUUAGUUCUUCAUUUGCAAACGUUGGGCUCAUCGGUUCAUAUGUGGCCCAGGGUACUGCAGUUCGAGCUGUAAUUCGAUAGUAGCGACGGUGUGUGUUCAACUGUUCAAUUAGAGUUUGCGUGCUACUGGUCAUUGCAUUUACGCAGUUAACACGAUACUCUUUGGUUCCCACGCUGUUGGUGUUCGAGGUGAAGUUUUGUAUUGCAAAAUUGACUCAUCCGACGAUCCAACUGAAGAAGUGCGGCUGGUUCAUCUACAGGAUAUCGAAAUUUCCAUAAAAAUCACAGGAGAUAAAUCGAGAAUUACCCGGCUAUAGCGAUUAACUCACCGCAGCACGGACUAGGUAAUAAUCGAAUAAAAAUCUUUGUUGAUCCGCAAAGCGAGAUAAGGCACAAAAAUCGGGCAAAAUGUUUGCGAUCAUGCAGAUCGAGAACGACGUGAGCGGUAGAGAGUUCCGUAGAAAAAUGCGCUCCAAGUGUGAAUACGUUUGCAAGUACUGCCAAAGGAGAUUCACCAAAAGCUACAAUUUGAUGAUACACGAGAGGACUCACAAUUCAUUGACUUUCAUCUGCGAAGUCUGCGGGAAGAACUUCAAGAGGCAGGACAACCUGAAACAGCACAGAACAAUACACUAUCCAUCAUCACCAUCAACUCAUAACUGCUGUUCCAGAUACUGACAAUAAUUCGAAAUAUUAACCAAUUCCAUUUCAGUAUUCAUCAGUAUUCUAUUUAUUGUAUUGUUUGUAUUACAAAUGUACAUAUUUUAAAUUAUAUAGGUUAACAUAUUUAAUAUCAAAAUCGCAAUAUAUUUAUAUAACUCGGUAAAAAUAUUAUGUUUCAAUUCGACACGUUGUUAAUUUAUAAAAACCAGACUAUGUGAUGUCUAGUCUAAAAUUUAUUUUAUAUUAAAUGAGUUACUAAAAUCUAAGACAGGUGUGGAAUUGCAUUGAAAUCUGACAUAGAGCGAUGAAGAUCAAAUUGUAGUAAUAUUAUGACAAAUAUUUUCGAUAAGAUGAAAACAUCUUGAGUUGAUCGUACUGUGUGGGAUUUUGUGCAAUUCAUGCAAUAUUCUAGUGCAAUUAUCUAAUUGUAUUACUUUGAAUUUGCGAUGUUUCAAGCUUCCAAUGUAUCUUUAAGGUUCUUCCCGAAUAACAUUCUACUAAUAUCAUUCGAAACUGUGAAUGAAAACUGAAUUCUUUUUGUGCUAUGCAAAAACUAUGUCAGUAGCUUGUUUAGUUCGUUAGACUUGAUGCAAUAUAAAAUACGUAACUAUUUUAGAAGAUAUUUAUUAAAUUAGGACCUACAGCUUCAUAUAUUUGUAUAUUUUUUGUAGAAUAAAAUUUCACCGACA